AUGGGUUUUGUCACCUCGCGUACCUCUGCAAGUCACGUCCUGUCAAAGCCGCCGCGGUCGCUCGGAGAGGCCACGCCGGCUCUGCUACCCGCUGGGGCGUGUUCCUUCGGGGAGGACUUUGACAGCUGCCGACGGCCAAUCAAAAGCAGUCACCGUGUUGUAGGAGAAUCCAAACUCCGGUCCCUGUGUAACCUGGACCGACUCAGUCCAAACUCCAGCUGGACAAUCAGAGUUCAAAGACACAUAAGAACGACUCAGAGAAAAUGGGAACUCUUCAGCGGCAGACGCACACACGGAGCUCAUGGCGUGAUUACAGCCUGCGUGGCGUUGGAGCAGCACUUGUCCUGUUCCCGGCAACAAGGGCCCGACCUUCAGCGGCGCGUGCGAGUCUCAGGGGCCUCGCCGGGGGACUCCUGCAGGGGCCCCGCACUCAUCUCCACACGGCCUGAUGAAGAGGAGGGCGCACAUCCUCCACAGUCCACUGAUCUCUGA